AUGUCGUGCCUCCGUGAGGUUCUGAAGGCGUUGCCCCUGGCAACCGAUAGCGUCUCCUACCGUCAUGGCCGACUGGCUCAGACCCCGCCCAAAUCAACCCGAAUCGUUUCAAAAGAAAACACAGAUGAUAUGAGGAUUGUUCUGCUGGGAAAAACUGGAGUUGGGAAAAGUGCAACUGGAAACACAAUCUUAGGAAGAAAAGCAUUUACAGCACAAACAUCUCAAGAACUCAAAUCUAUUACUAAAGAAAGUCAGAGAGAAUCAUGUGAAAUCAACAGUCGACGUGUCACUGUGAUCGACACUUCAGGACUGUUUGAUACUGAACUCAGUAAUGAGGAGAUCCAGAGAGAAAUCACUCACUGUGUCUCCAUGAUCCUGCCUGGACCACAUGUGUUUCUCUUACUGGUUCCACUGGGACAAUUCACUAAAGAAGAAGAAACAUCAGUGAAGAUCAUCCAAGAGACCUUCGGUGAAAACUCAUUAAUGUUCACCAUGGUGCUCUUCACCCGAGGAGACUCUCUGAAGAAGAAGACCAUCGACCAGUGUUUGGGAAAACCUGGAUCUCCUCUGAUGAAGCUGAUCGAAGCGUGUGGAAACAGAUAUCAUGUGUUCAAUAAUAAUCAGCCUGAAGACCGAACACAGGUGACUGAUCUACUGCAGAAGAUAGACGACAUGCUGAAAGAGAACGGAGCGAGUUUCUACUCAUGUAAGAUGUUCAGAGAGAUGGAGAGAGAGAAACAAGAACUACAGAUCAAGAUCCUGAUGGACAGAGUCACAGAAAGAGAGGAGGAGAUGGAGAAACUGAACAGAGAAAGAGAGCAAGAGAUGGAGAAACUGAAUAGAGAAAGAGAGGAAGAGAUGAAGCAACUGAACAGAGAAAGAGAGGAAGAGACGGAGAAACUGAAGAGAGAAAGAGAGGAAAAGAUGGAGAAACUGAACAGAGAAAGAGAGCAAGAGAUGAAGCAACUGAACAGAGAAAGAGAGAAAGAGAUGGAGAAACUGAAGAAAGAAAGAGAGCAAGAGAUGAAUAAACUGAACAGAGAAAGAGAGCAAGAGAUGGAGAAACUGAAGAGAGAGAGAGAGGAAGAGAUGGAGAAACUGAAGAGAGAGAGAGAGGAAGAGAUGGAGAAACUGAACAGAGAAAGAGAGGAAGAGAUGGAGAAACUGAAGAGAGAAAGAGAGGAAGAGAUGGAGAAACUGAACAGAGAAAGAGAGGAAGAGAUGAUGAAACAUGAAGAAGAGAAAAAGAGAGUGAAGAGAGAAAGAGAGGAAGAGAUGAAGAAACUGAACAGGGAAAGAGAGGAAGAGAUGGAGAAACUGAACAGAGAAAGAGAGGAAGAGAUGGAGAAACUGAACAGAGAAAGAGAGGAAGAGAUGAUGAAACAUGAAGAAGAGAAAAAGAGAGUGAAGAGAGAAAGAGAGGAAGAGAUGAAGAAACUGAACAGGGAAAGAGAGGAAGAGAUGGAGAAACACGAAGAAGAGAAAGAGAGAAUGAACAGAGAAAGAGAGGAAGAGAUGAAGAAACAUGAAGAGGAGAAAGAGAGAAUGAAGAGAGAAAGAGAGGAAGAGAGGAAGAAACACGAAGAAGAGAAAGAGAGAAUGAACAGAGAAAGAGAGGAAGAGAUGAAGAAACUAGAAGAAGAUAAAGAAAGAAUGAAGAGAGAAAGAGAGGAAGAGAUGGAGAAAUUGAACAGAAAAAGAGAGGAAGAUAUGAAGAAACACAGAAUGAAGAUGAACAUGGACAGAUCAGAAAAAGAGAGAAAGAGACGAAGAAACUAG